AUGGGUGCUGAGCCUGCGUGUGCUGAGUCUGGAGGUGCUCUAGGUGUCCCGUCGCGGCGCGAGCCCCUCUCUCCACAGCAGCUUCGUGAGUGGUACUCUCGGCGCUGUCGAGGUGCUGCUGGUACUGGUGCUGCUGGAGCUGCUGGAGGUGCUCCUGGAGCUGCUGGAGGUGCUGCUGGUGCUAGUGCUGCUGGAGCUGCUGGAGGUGCUGCUGGAGCUGCUGGAGGUGCUGCUGGUACUGGUGCUGCUGGAGCUGCUGGAGGUGCUGCUGGAGCUCCUGGAGGUGCUGCUGGUGCUAGUGCUGCUGGAGCUGCUGGAGGUGCUGCUGGAGCUACUGGAGGUGCUGCUGGUGCUGGUGCUGCUGGAGCUGCUGGAGGUGCUGCUGGAGCUGCUAGAGGUGCUGCUGGUGCUGGAGCUGCUUGGGCUGUUGGAGGUGCUGCUGGAGCUGCUGGCGGUGCUGUUGGUACUGGAGGUGCUGCUGGUGCUGGGGCUGCUGGAGCUGCUGGAGGUGCUGCUGGUGCUAAAGCUGCUGGAGCUGCUGGUGGUGCUGCUGGGACUGGAAACCCUGGGGCUGAGGGUCCCGUCACAGUCGCCGUUACAGCCGUCCUCUCCACUGCCUGGUCCUUCUCCUUACUUUGGACCGACUAG